AAAAUGUUUGUUUCUGUUCAAGGUGACAUCUAAAAACUUCAUUUUUGGUGGAAAAUUCAUUUUUGUGUGGAAGAUAUAUUCUAGAAAUUGCAUCCAUUUUGCUGAGCUCUACAGAAUACAUGGAAGGACUAUUGGAGUUACUUGCUCUUUUUAUUUAAUUAGUGGAUGCUGCUGUUUAUCAGUAGCAAAUACAGUCAUGAGCUCUGUUUAGCAGAGCGGUUGGUUUUGUACAUUUGGAUAAGUGAUGGAUGAUGACUUGGGUAUGAGGGGGCUACCUAGUCACCGUCUUGAUGAAGAUGCUACGCGCACAUCAACAUCAGAAGGCCUGGAAGAGGGAGAAGUGGAAGGGGAGACUCUCUUGAUUGUUGAGUCAGAGGACCAGAUGUCUGUAGACUUUUCUCACGAUCAAAGUGGAGAUUCUUUCAAUAGUGACAUUGGAGAAGAAGGUGAAAGUUCAUGGAGAGAUGAACUGACCUAUUAUUGCGACAGAUGUCAGAAAUGGAUACCUUCAAGUCAUCUGAGAGGAGACCCACCUAGUUAUCUGAAGGGGGACAACUUUUUUAAGUUUACUUGUGCGGACUGCUCUGAAGAUGGGAAGGAACAUGCGGAGCGAUUAAAGCUGACAUGGCAGCAACAACAGGAAAAAAACUUCUACAUGGUGGAGUACAGUAGCUGGUUGUCUGUCUGUGGGAAGCCCCUUACUUUUCCGAUCUGGAGCUCAAGAGUUUGGAGAACCAGGAUGGUGGAAGUUGGUUCAUAACAGACCCCCUGUUCUCAGGCCUGAAGGUGAGAAACUGUCCACCUCGGCACUGAAGGCAAAAGUAGCUUCAAAACCUCCUCUGGACCCCAUCAUUACAGUGGAGGGACUCAGGAAGAGAGUCAGUCGUAAUCCCGUGGAGACUGCCAUGGAAUUAAAGGAGAAACGUUCCCGAACUCAGGAAGCAAAAGACAUUAGAAGAGCCCAGAAGGAAGCAGCUGGCUUCACUGGAGACCGGAGUGCAUCAUCUACACCUGUGAAAUUCACAAGUAGAGGUCGCAGGCCCGAACUUUAUCUUGAAAAAGGAGAGGUGAUAGACUUUGCAUCCCUGAGUUCCUCUGAUCGCACUCCACUGACCAGCCCCUCACCUUCUCCAUCUCUGGAUUACUCUGCUCCAGGAACCCCGGCUUCUCAUUCAGCCACUCCCAGCCUACUGUCUGAAGCAGACCUUAUUCCAGAUGUCAUGCCACCACAAGCCCUUUUCCAUGACGAUGAAGAGCUGGAUGGAGAUGGAGUUAUUGAUCCUGGAAUGGAAUACAUCCCACAGUCUAGUUUAUCUUCAGUCUCAGGUGGCCUUGGGUCUGGCAGGAAGAAAAUCAGAGGCCCUGGACAGAUCAAACAAGAGGAUGAAAGUGAAGAGGAGAAAAAUGAGAGAACUGGGGAUGACAGUGAAGAAACUGAGGACUCAAAUCCAUCUCUUCCUGGGAGAAGUCAUGAAAAGAGGAAGUCUCGUCUGGAGCCUGAUGAUAAGCCAAAAGCUCCUAAAUAUGUGCCACUUAGUUUGUAUGAAGAGAAGCUACUCCUUUGGAAACUAGAGGCUUAUGCAACUGCUUUGAGCAUGACCCCAGCAGCAAAGCGGUUGAAACGUAAAUUACUGAUAAGACAAGCCAAAAGAGAGAGGGGAUUGCCCAUCUUUGACUUGGACCAGGCAGUGAAUGCCACUCUCUCAUUGGUUGGUGAAAUGUAUGGAGCCAAAAAUGGUGAUGAGCUAAGAGCCUCUGCCAGUGUAGCUACAUAUCGGACAACUAGCCAAGAGUUUAGAAUACUUGAUAGGUUCCAGACAGUUUUGCCACUUCGGAAGGGCUAUCUGCAACAAGCCAAGAAAUUUAUUCACAGAUUAAUUGGCUCUGAAGAGGCACUUAUUGAUCGCAGUAUCAUCAGUCCAUACACUUCUCGGAUUCUUAAACCUUAUAUCAGACGUGAUUUUGAGACCAAGCCUCCAAAACUCCGUUUGCUUGCAGAAAUACGGGCCUACCCACAUCGAGGUGAUCCUAACUGGCAACCAGAGCCUGAGGCUCCUAUUGAUUACUGCUAUGUUCGUCCUUGUCACAUUCCUACAGUAAACUCUAUGUGCUGUGAAUUUUUCUGGCCAGGAAUCGACUUAUCUGAAUGCUUGCAGUAUCCAGAUUUCAGUGUUGUAGUCCUUUACAAAAAAGUCAUAAUUGGCUUUGGUUUUAUGGUACCAGAUGUCAAAUACAGCGAAGCUUACAUUUCAUUCCUUUUUGUCCAUCCUGAGUGGAGGAAAUCUGGGAUUGGAAACUUUGUGAUAUACCACCUUAUUCAGACAUGCAUGGGGAAAGAUGUGACCAUCCAUGUUUCUGCCAGCAAUCCAGCUGUGCUGUUGUAUCAGAAGUUUGGAUUUCAGAUUGAAGAAUAUAUAUUGGACUUCUAUGACAAAUAUUUUCCUUUGGACAGCAAAGAAUGCAAGCAUGCAUUUUUCUUACGGAUGAGAAGAUAAUGACUUAAGCCAAUAAACAGUGUAUCUGAAUAUGUAGUCAGGAUGCAUUAAGGGCACUACAGGCCACUGUUUUCGAAGAUUUUCCAAGUACAUUCUUGAUUUUUUUUUUCUUGAAGCUCCAGUAAUGACAUUAUUCAUAAAUGUCAGAUGUAUUUACAUUUUGUAGCAAACUGAUGCAAGACCUUGAUCAUCAUUGCCUGAUUCCACAGUUUAAUUUGAAAGUGAAUCAUUCUGUAAUAAUAAAAGAAAAAAUCUGCCAAUCUUAA